AGUCUUAAGUUUGUCUUCGUUACGUCUUGUCCGUAUUCGAUUGAACAUUUAUUAUUUAUUUUCAUUUACUUUUUUUUUUUUUUCUUCUUCUUUAACAGUAUGAUUAAAAUAUUGCAAAAUAUUGAGAUUAAAAAUAAAAAAAAAAAAAAACAUAACAAAUUAUAAACAAAAAGAUUUGUUAUUAUAAUUAAUUUUAUUGUUUAUUAAUCAGUGCUCAGUGUGAUAAUAAUAUUUGUGAUAUAUAUAUUUUAUAUUUUUAAAAUGUUAAAAUUAUUUUUAUAUUUUUUUUUCAAGUGAAACAUUUUUUUUUUUUUUAGUUUCGUUGAUUUACGCUAGUGGUUGAUUAUUAUUCCAAUGCCACUAGUUUGAAUAUAUAUUUUUUUUUGGCAUAUUGACAAUUUAAAUAAUUCAGAAUGAAGAGAGGCUUUAAUAUAUAGAUAUUAUACUUUGUUAUAUUCUUUUUGUCCUCCAAACUACCACUGAUUGUCAUUUCCUCUGUAAUAUUCUUUCAUAAUCACUCAACUAAACUACUUCCACUUUGUCAUUUGUAAGACGAGUUCAUUGGUAGUAUUAAACACCUGUUCAAAUCAACAAUCAGUGUAUUUAUAAAAAUAAAAUUAUGCUGUAUAUAUAUUUAAUUUUAUUAUAAAUUGCAUAAUAAGUGUGAGAAAAAUGUUUCUUUUUUUUUAAUUGACAUAAAUAUGUUUUCUAAAAAAUAAAAAUAAAACAUUUUAACGCUCAAGUCAAUUCAUACUUGAUACAGAAUGCCUUGAUGUUCAAUCAGCUAAUUGUCAGUGUAUCAACUUUCAUUGGAUGCAAUUGUUGAAACGUAUGGAUGCGACAUGAUUAUGUUUAAUAUUUUCAACGAGUUUAAACGGGAUGCAGUCUAGUUAUAACUAUCUCAAGAUUCAAGAAAAUUUUAAAUCAUAUAAAUAUAUCACCUGGAUAUUUAAAAAUAACAUUUAUAAAAUUAUCAAACUAAUUUUUAAACAAACGUAAAUUAAAGCAAUUAAAGCUGGAAAAUAAAUAAUUUUUUUUCUUUCGAUUCUUAUUUUUAUCAUGACAAUGGCAAGUUGUCAACUAUUUAAAUAAAAAAAAAAUUACUGCCGCAUUGUGAAGCUUCAAUUACAACUCAUCGAAUGAAAUUUAUAUAAUUUUCGCUUUUUUUUUUUUUGAGUUUUUAAAAUAACUACAAAUUAAAAUAUAAAAAUACAAUAAUAAUAAUUAAUUUUUAUACUUGUUUAAAUACAAAUAAAUGAAUAUUUGAUUAAAACUUUGUAUUUUGAUAACAAUAAUAUAUAAAUAAAAUUAAUUAAUUCAAUUGAGAAUUCGUGAAUGUAUCGGAUAUGCGAGCAGUGAGUGACAAAGGUGGUUGUUAAUAUCGUCUUUAUUAUCGGUGAAAAAAAAGGUCGUCAUUUGAGUUCAUGAUUGCUUUGAAAAUAUUAAUAUAAAUCACUCGUUAUUGAACAGUCGACAACAACGCAUUGCAAUUUUCCUGUAAUUCUCACAAAUAUAUAUAUCAACUAAUUCAAUGGUCAAAGUUGAAUCUCAAUAAUAUUUAUAAAACAAAAACAUUUUAUAUCAUCAAAAAGUAAUUAAUUUCAAUAUUAUAAUUAUUUAUUUUCUACUGUUGGUCUUGAAUUAACCACGUGUUUAAUAUUAAAUUAAAAAAAAAAAAAAGUGUCGUGGUUAAAAAAAAAAAUGCUGUGAUUGUUAUAGUAAAAACAAAUUUAAAAAAUAAAAAAGUAUAAAAGUGAUGAUAAAAUAUUUGAUAAAUUAUAAAAGUAAUUUGAUGAAUAAAAAAAUAAUAAAUAAAUCAACGAAAACAAAGAAAAUUUGUGUGUCAAUUAUGAAUUAUUGAGUAAAUAUUUUUUUUAUUUUUCAUUAUGGUUGUAACAAAAAGAUUAGGAUCAAUGCGUAAAAUAAAACAAAAUAGAAAUACCUUUAGGGGUAUUUCAAAAGCAGAACUUGAACGUAAAACAGAUGCAAUUCUUCGUGCAAUGACAAUUGAAGAAUUAUAUACUGCAUUAGUUUAUAUGACCCAUCAUCAAAUUGGCUAUGAUGACGGAGAGUGUGGAAAUGAAGUUUUGCUUAACCAUCUUCAACAAGCAUUCAAGGUUGACAAUGAAAUGCAUUUACAAAUUGUUGAAGAAACUCAAAAAAUGGAGGCUCCUGUUAUGCAUUUAAAUGUUGAAGUUAUUGAAGCUAAAGAAUUAGUAUCAAAAGAUUCAAAUGGUAAAAGUGAUCCAUUUUGUGCAUUAUAUCUGGAAUCAGCUCCAACAAGACGUUACAAUACAGCUGUUAAAUCCGCAACAUUAACACCAGUAUGGGAAGAACAUUUUGAAUUGCCAUUAGAAGAUACCGAGAAUGAUACACUUUGUCUUGAAGUAUGGGAUUUUGAUGCUGCUGAAACAGUACCAGAAAAAAUGAGUAAAGUUAAAGAUAUAAAAGGUGUACGUGGAUUUGUUAAAUUAGCUAAGGAAAUAGCAGUUACAGCAACAUCUGGAAGUCAUGAUAAUGAAUUUAUUGGACGUUGUAGAAUAUCAUUAAAAGAUAUACCAGUAACUGGUCAUACAACAUGGUAUUCACUUGAAAAAAAAAAUAAAACAAAACGUCGUGGUGUUGUUAAAUUAAAAUUAAUAUUUAGUGCUGAACAUAAUACACAAGUUGCAGCACAAGAACAUCGUCAUUUAAUUAGAAUAUUAUUACUUCAUGAAAUUGAUAUAAAUAAAAUUGAAAAAUAUUGUUGGUCUGGUUGUUGGUCAUCACCAGCUGAAGUAUUAAUACAACAACAUAUUGUACAACGUGGUUUAUUAUUACGUAAUGUAUCACUUGCACAAUGGAUUGAAUAUUCAAAAAUUCAUCAACAGCAUCCACUUAAUUAUUCAAUAUUUAAUAAACUUGCUAUUGAAUUAUUGAGACCAUUGGAAAAUGGAUUAUUUUCAAAUGAUGAAAUUAAAUUAUUUUGGGAUUCAACUAAAAAAAUUAUAUACUCAUGUUUAAAUAGUAUAAGAAAAAUAAGAAGAUUAACUGGUGGUGAUAGAAAUGCUGUAUCACAAGUUGGUUCAAUACUUGGUAUAUUAUCAUCAGUAUCAUCAAUUGAAAUACCACAAGAUUUUGAUUUAUUUCCACGUAAAAUGUUUGGCUGGUUACCACAACCAGAUGGUACUGAUAUUGAUAUUAUUAAAGCACUAGAAUAUACUGUUAUACAAGGUGGCAUUGAAUGGUUUGAUGAUAUUAUGAAUAAAAAUUUACCACAAUUAGAUAGUGAUGAUAAUGCCUUAAAAUAUUAUAUUAAAAUAAUACAAUUAAUAAGAGCUGAUUUACAAAAUGCCAUUGAAACAUAUGAUAAAUUAUUUAUUAAAAAAAUUAAUUUUCCAUAUGCAAGAACGCUAUAUGUUAUGUAUGAAAAAAGAAUAAGUGAUAUGUGUAAAAUAAUAAUUGGUGAUGUUUGUUUAAGAUUAAAAUCAAUAAAAGUUAAAAAUGAUGAAAUAAAUGCAUCAAAUAAUAAUGAUAGCAAUAAUGAUUCUGAUAAUAAUGAUGAUUUAACACUUGGUACAAUAUUAUUUGAGCUUUAUUUAACGCUACAACGUUAUGCUGUACUUAGUUCUGUAUUUUGUUUAGAUGGUUUAGAUGAAAUGUCAAUACAAAAAUAUCAUGAAUGGUUUGAUGAUGGUGUAUCACAUUGGCUUGAUAUUGCUGUUUAUAAAGCAAUUAAAAGAAUUAAAAAGGCUGUUGAAUUUGAUACACUUAAAUCAUAUGAUACAAUUGUACAAUAUAGCUCAAGUGCUGUUGAUACACUGACAAUAUUUUAUCAAAUUAAAGUUUUUUGGACACAAUUAGCAUGGCCAGAUGUUGAAGGUUCAUAUGCAUUUAUUAUGAAAAUAUUAUCAGAUAUUGGUGAAUGUUCAAAGCUAUAUGCUGGUAUGAUGGAAGAAAAAGCUGAAAAAGUACAUCAACAAAUUCAACAAAAUGAAAAAAAUACAAAUACAAUUUAUGAUAAAAAAUUUCAAGUAUCAAUUGCAUGGUGUUAUGCUAUAAAUAAUAUUGAUUAUAUUAAAACAUCAAUUGAACCAUUGGCAAAUGAUUUAGGUUUUCGUAAUAUUAUUAAUUCACUUGAUGAAAUUAAAACAAAACAAGAAAGUGAUAGAUGUCGUGAAUCAUUACAAAGAAUUAUUGAUGAAGCUAAGGAUAAUGUUAAUCAUAGAAUUGAUCAAUUGCUAGAAGUUGUUGCAUAUAAAAUGCAGCCAUCAAUUGAAAGAUAUUUAAUGACUGGUGCUGAAAUUAUUGAUACUAAAAAUAAUACACUUGAACAAUUAUUAAUGUAUUUAAAUUCAAAUCUUGAUACAUUAUAUAAAAAUCUUAAUGAUGAUAAUUUUAAUAGAAUACUCGAUAUAAUAUUAGAUGUUAUAUCACAAACAGUUGAUAAAUUAAUUGAUAAUAAUAUAGAAAAAAGAAGACCACCAUCAUUUUUUUCAAAUCUUCAUCGUGCACUUACAACACUACUGGAAUUUUUUAAAGGUGGUGCUAAUGAACAAUCUAAAAUUCCAGUUCUUGAAAAAAAUGAACCAUUUUUACAAUUACUUGGAAUGGAAACAUCUGAGCUUAUUCAUCUUUAUUAUUUACAAAGACUUGAACAACAAAAUGACAAUCAAAAAUCUUCAUCAGAUGAGAGUGAUAGUAUUGAAAAAUCAUCAGAUGAACAAGAUAAAACUCAAAUAUUUUCUGAUGAAUCAUAUAAAAAUAGAAAAUUAAGUGAUGAACAAAAUAAAAAUAAAAUAUCUUCACAUGGACAACUUGCUGUUAAUGUUUACAUUAUUCAAAAUACACUGGUUGUACAAAUAUUCAGUGUGUUUCAACUAAAUCCCAAUGAUUGCAAUGGAGAUUUUAUAGGCAAGCUGUCAACAAUUGAACGAAAACUACAUUUAAAAUCAAAACAAAGUUCUAAAAAAAAACUGAAAGAUGUCAAGACAAGAAAAUGUGAUCCCUAUGUGAAAAUUAGAUUGAUGCCAGAGGAAAAGUUUUGUGACUUGACAAUGCCAAAAACUCACGUUGAAAAUAAUACAUUUUGUCCAAUUUAUGACAAGACUUUUAACAUUCCUUUGAGUGACGAUCAAAAAAAUACAAAAGAUGCAAUAUUGAUUUUUGAAGUUAAAGAUAAAGAAGGAUUAUUAACACGACCAAAAUUUAUGGCUGAAGCAUUUUUACGAUUCAGCGAAAUUCCUAAUUACGAGCAUGAGAGUGAAAUUGAAAGAGAACAAGUUCGAUUGCCAUUAUCUCGACCUGUUCAUAAAAACACUGAUGUUAUACGAACCUUGGAAUAUCGUAAGGGAGACACCCAAGCCAUGGGUUUUAUUUCUAAGCUUAAUUCAAGAAUUUCAAACUCAAAAUAAUUAUUUAAAAAGAUUAAUUAUAAUUGAAAAAAAAUUUUCUAUAUAGUUUUUUUUUUUUUCAAUAUUAUUGUUGAGAAAAAAAAAUCUUAUUGAGAUUAAUUUGUGAAAGAUAUUUGUUGUAUAUGUUCAAGGCUGUGUCAAAUUUUUGAGAUAAUUUUUCUUUUUGAUUGGGAAAAAAAUUAUUUCUUAAAGUUAAAAA